AUGCCUCAUUCUACAUCUCCAGGAGCAUCCCCGACUCAUCACAAUGAAGAAACACUACCGGAUGCCCCUCCAGUAGAUGCGACUUCCAGUGCCGCCCAAGACAACUCUGAUAACCCGCAAAAUGGAGCGACAGGAGAGAACCUUGCGGAACUCCUAUUUGACGAUGACGAUGAUGAUGAAUACCCAGCUUCGAGUGCGCCAGACACGAAAAAUGUACCUCCAGCGUUCGAAUCCUCCGCGCCUCCGCCGGCCAAAGUAGAUACCGACACCAUGCUUGCUUUCUAUCAACGCCUAUUCCCAUUUCGGUAUCUGUUCCAAUGGCUCAAUCACGGGAUCGUUCCUUCACCCGACUUUGGGAAUCGUGAAUUUGCCCUCACGCUUCAGAAUGAUGCCUAUCUCCGAUACCAGUCCUACGCAACCGCAGAUCUUUUUCGGAAAGAUAUUUUGAAAAUGAACCCUUCCCGUUUCGAAAUUGGACCUGUGUAUAAUACGAAUCCGCGUGAUCGAAAAACGCUGCGAGGAGGUCAGAUGAAACCCAUUGCGAAAGAGUUGGUAUUCGAUAUCGAUUUGACAGAUUACGACGACAUCCGUUCUUGCUGCGAGAAGGCGAACAUUUGUGGCAAAUGCUGGGCCUUUGUGACGAUGGCCAUGAAAGUUGUCGACACAGCUUUACGCGAUGAUUUCGGGUUCCAACAUAUCCUCUGGGUGUAUUCCGGUCGUCGUGGUGUCCACGCCUGGGUUUGCGAUCCUCGUGCGCGCAGUCUCCCCGAUGACCGACGACGGGCUAUUGCAGGCUACUUGGAUCUCAUAAGGGGAGGAGCCCAAAACGGCAAACGUGUGAAUUUGAGGCGACCACUACAUCCCCACAUGGCUCGGAGCUUGGAAAUCCUGAAACCCUAUUUCGCCCAAACUACCUUAGUCGAUCAGGACACAUUCGCUGGCUCUGAGCAAGCGCAGCGACUUCUCUCCCUUCUCCCCGAUAAGUCGUUGAAUGACGCCCUGCGCAAAAAGUGGGAGUCAUCGCCGGACCGCUCCAGCACCAGCAAAUGGGCCGACAUCGAUUCUCUCGCUAAGACUGGCAAAAGCAGUACCCUCAAACCCACCGCUCUCCGAGAUGCUAAACAAGAUGUUGUGUUAGAAUACACAUAUCCACGGCUCGAUUCCGAAGUCAGCAAGAAAAUGAUUCACUUGCUGAAGAGUCCCUUCGUCAUUCAUCCUGGUACUGGUCGUAUUUGUGUUCCCAUUGAUGCUCGAAAGGCGGGAGAUUUCGACCCGCUGUCGGUCCCUACGGUUACGGAGUUGCUUGCUGAAAUUGAUGCGUGGGACGCAGAAAACCCCAAUAACUUCGGAGCUGCUGACACUGCAGAUGGCGAAGGGAGUGUGCCCAAUGGCUCGGAUGCCAAGGGUGGUCGGAAAUUGCAAGACUACGAGAAAACAAGUCUUAAACCCUACAUCGACUACUUCCGCUCAUUUAUUGCUGGGCUUCUUCAAGAAGAGCGCACGGGUAAAAGGGAGCGGAAUGAAGAGAAGGUUGAAAUCAAAUCAGAGAGUAUGGAAUUUUAA